AUGCUCAGGAGGUCCAUUCCCAGGGGCAGUCGGAGUUGGCGGGCCCCCUGGCUCCUCACCUCUUCUCGAAUUUUCUGCCUCUGCCUCUCGGUCUUGUUGGGCCAGGGGGGCUUGCUGCAGGGGCACCCCCAGUGCCUGGAUUAUGGGCCCCCCUUCCAGCCCCUCCUGCACCUCGAGUUUUUCUAUGAGACCUUCGGCUGUUGUGACCAGCUUGAGGACCACCGCAUCGCUGUCCGGUACUGGGACAUCAUGGAAUACUUUGAUCUGAAGGGCCACGAGCUGUGCGGCGGUUACAUUAAAGACAUCCUUUGCCAGGGGUGGACAGCUCAGUCAGGGACUCAGAGCAGUUCAUAUGGCUUCUUGUCAGCAGCUCUGGCAAAGGAUGCUGUUUCAGUUUGUAUCAAAGCAUGGUUUCUUUUUCUUUCCGGGGUCAUUUUGGAGAUAGAAGAACCAGCCUUAAAUCAUAAUGGUGGACAACUUUUUGGCCUGGAUGGCUAUGUGUACAUAUUCACUGGGGAUGGAGGACAGGCUGGGGAUCCCUUCGGCAAGUUUGGAAAUGCUCAGAACAAAAGUUCCCUGCUGGGAAAAGUGUUAAGGAUCGAUGUGAAUGGGGCAGGCUCAGGUGGCAGGCGGUACCGAGUGCCCCUGGACAAUCCAUUUGUUUCUGAGCCGGGGGCCCAUCCAGCCAUCUAUGCCUACGGGAUCAGAAACAUGUGGCGCUGUGCCGUGGACCGAGGGGACCCCAUCACGCGCCAGGGCCGAGGCCGGAUGUUCUGUGGGGAUGUGGGACAGAACAGGUUUGAAGAAGUUGACAUCAUUGUUAAAGGCGGGAACUACGGCUGGAGGGCAAAGGAAGGGUUUGAAUGUUACGACAAAAAACUUUGUCACAAAGCCUCUUUGGUUACAAAGGAUGUUAAUAUUUUCAUGCUGCAAUUCUUCAUUACAGAGAUAAGUCGACUUAUGGCUUUGCAGGAAGAUAGAAAAACGAAGAAAUGGAAGAAACAGGACAUUUGCCCGGGCAACACUGAGUCCUGUGCCUUCCCAGGGUUGAUCAGCACAUACAGCAAGUUUAUCAUCUCCUUUGCUGAAGAUGAAGCAGAUAACAAACUUUUAUCAGGGGAGCUCUACUUCCUGGCCACCUCUUACCUGAGCGCCGACACACCACAUGGAUCCACUGACAAAUGUGUUGACCCAUUGAGGCGAGCACCUCCAGGCAAGUGCAAGUACAGGCCGGUGCCGCUGAAAGCCAAGAGUAAGCGGGUCCAGUUCAGGCCACUUGCUAAAACGGUCUUGGACUUGCUAAAGGAGCAGUCCGAGGAAGCUGCUAGAAAACUGCCCAGUGCAACUUCAGCUUCCAGUCCAGACCGGGCCUCAUCUCAGAAGGGCUCCUCCAAGAAGCCGGCUUCUCGCACAAGCAGCGAGAAGACUUUUCCAAGGUCUGGCGCAAAGCAGAGAGCCAGAGCGUGGUCCCCAGGCCUCCAGGGGAAGAGGAAGAAGAGCCCGAGACGCCCCCGAGGCAGAGGCAGCCAGUCGGCACAGUGGAGGCGAGCUGGCAGAAGUGUCCCUUUGCCUCUUCGGUCACGGUGGCUGGUCAGGGGACGAGUGCGCAGAGAACCACCUUGCCACGCGGAAGCUGCUACUGCUGAAGGUGACCUUAGACGCAUGGGAAGCCGGGGGUGGAGGUGGGAACCGGCGGAGACAGCUUGA